CAUUCCCGAUCCCCACGACCCAAACCAGAGUAUUAUUCUAUCCCCGAGAUUCCGCUUUUUCUGUCGCUUCCCUCGUCGAACAAACAAACCUGUGCUUGUCGACACUGUGCAACGGGUAGAUUUGUGCGCGGCGUACGGUAAAUAAAAAAGCACCGUGGUAAACUUCAAGUGGAAACACAGCGCUCGCCGACACUGACACUGACGGAUUGACCGUCAGCUGAAUCCCAUUAGCGUGAAGCCAGAGCUUGAGUGAAAUGUCGAACUCCAGUAUGCUGCAAUUUUUUCAAGUCAGAUUCCGUAUAGAACGGUGCACUUGGUCGUAUUUCCAGUGAAAUAUCCUUCAUUCCAGAGGGGAACUACGUAGCAUUGUACAGUAGCAAAAUAUUUAUUCCGUCUUGCGCACAUGAUGGUAGGCAGGCAUGGCACGGUUCUCAACCUGAAAUAACUUAUCCACCGGAGCACUACUUACAGUAGCUAACCAACAGUUUUGUUAUCUGCUGCAUUAGUUGGUCCCUCCCUCCAUCUCUUCAUUCAAUUUCAAACCCCUUGUACUUUUGAACCGGAGGAUAUCCAUGAUCAAUUCAAAGCCCAGCCGUUCUCCUCAAUCUUUGACACGGCCACACGGGAGGCCCGCUGCCCCCUCUGUCUCUGUCUGUCUCCUCCUUCAGUUUUUUUUUUUUUUGCGAAUAUGUCUCCUCCUUCAGUUAAUGGCGUGCGUCGGUGCGUCGGUGCGUUCAAACUCUGUCUCGGACUUUUCAUGUCAGCAUUCAAUGCUAGAGCACCAACUGGUGGCACUCAUGCAUUCAGUGAGGUCUACUCCAGUCUUCAUUAUUGAUGGAGAUAAUAUUAUUGUUCACAACUUUAGAUACUCGCAACCUUUAUGUGCCGACAAAUCAUGUGAUGGAUCAAUCUGUCCUGUUAUCUGAAAUCCAACGGCUGAGGAUGUGAGUCUGUUACCAAAGGCAUACUUUUUUUUUCUAACAUAGGGAACUUUUGCACAUACUAAGAAUACUAAGCCCGUAAGGGUUCGAUUUUUCUGGUUUUUUUGAAAAAAAAAUUACUCCUACUGACUGAGCGACACGUGUGCACGGUGGCUUUCCUAAAGUGGUUGAUCACUUGGGUUGUGCCUGUUUCUUCUAGAGGUGCAUGGGCUUCUCUUGUCUCAUGUGUACCAUGUGAAAAGAUGGUUUGAUAGCAUGGGCUGAUUUUGUCUCAUGUGAGAAAAAUAUAUUAGCUGCAUGGGCUGUUGUAUGGGCUGGUGUGCGUGUGCUGCUGCAUGGCUCAUGCAUGCAUGCAUGUGUCCACGUUUGCAUGUUUGUAGUUUCACGUUUGCACACAUUUGUGUUCUAGGUCCUUCUUUGCUUGCCUAUAAGUAGCUUCUUUUUGUGUUCUUCUCUCCUGUGUACUUCUUGUUUGCUUGGUCUCUGUUAUGGUUCUUGUUGUUGCACAUGCUUCUCAGCGCGUUCCUUCGACGUCCUUGGGCUCUUCUUCUUCCGUUGGUGCUUUUGAUGGGAGGUUGGCUGCUGAGGGUGGUUCUAAUCUUGGUUUGAGGGUUGAUGAGGCGUGGCGGCGACACGAGGAACAACCGCCGUGGGAAAUGACAUGUAUAUUCAUCGUUUGGUCCUCUGAUUUCUCCAUCUUAUUUGGAUCCAGACAAAGCUCACUCUUGCCGGCAGGAAGGUGUCCUGUUUACUUCAUGAUGGUGGACGUGCUAUGUAUUGUUUAUUUAACUUUCUGUUUGGUUUGUCAUUUAUUCCUUUUUUGUUCUUUUACACUUACGUCGAUGGCAUGUCUCUUGAUUUGCCUCCGAUUUUAUGAUAUCCUUGACAAGAAGCUAAAUGAAGAGGGCCUAAAGCUAAGAGAGGGACAAGGAAUUAAGAGAAAGAGAAGGCUCGGCACCACUAUUUGCAUGUCAAAUCUGAAGUGGGGAGCUGCAUCAAGUAUCUGGAGAAGAAAGAGGAGCAUACCUACAGUAAUACAAUGCCCAGUCUUCUAUAUUAGGCAGCAAAUGGUUCUGAUGCAGAAAUACCCACAUUUGAACCCUGAGGCUAAGAUGAUCACUUUGUCAUUAGUUAGGAUCCAAACCAAUUGUUUAUAUUGUUCAUGUUUAUCUUUUAUAUACACAGUUACUUUCUACUAAUUUUACUUCAAAUUAAUUGCAGUUUAUUCAAAUUAGAUGGGCCAAUAAAUAUUAAAAACUAAGUUCAGAACUCUCAUUCCAAAUGGUGAGUGAGUGAAGGACCAGAAGCUUUCCCAGUCACUAAAUGUUCUUCUGUUAACAUCUACCAGUAUAUUGUGCU